GCUUCUUCAUACCUUCCACCAGUUAUCUCUCCAAUGGCGAACAAUCUAUUCGUAGUUGCAUUUCUCUUCAUCGUCACGACUUUGGCUCUUGCAACGGCUGACGAGCCCUACAAUAGUCAACUCCUCAAGGGCUCCGUCGCUUGCGUUGACUGCCCUCAAGACUUUGACCUCUCAGGAGUUCAAGUGCUGGUAAAAUGCGACAAAGUGAAGAAACUGGCUGUAACAUACACGCAAGAAGACGGCACUUUCAUAACCGAGCUUCCUUCAGACGAGCCGACAAAAUCGGAGAAUCCGUCGAACUGCAUGGCUAAAAUAAUGGGAGGCCCACACCAGCUCUUCGUUUCCACAAAGGAUGCUUUCGCGCCGGUUAUUGCUAAUGCCAGAGAAUCGUCGGGCAGUCUUUUCACUACCGCCAAGCCUCUCGGGUUCUACAGCACAUGCCCUUUGAAGGGGAAAUGUAUUGCCAAAGACAAUGGAUUUGCUUCAUCCAAGACUGUUGACUUCCCUUUGCCUAGAGAAUGGGGGCUUGCACCAUCUAGCUAUUACAUCCCUUUUAUUCCCAUUAUUGGUAUACCUUAAUUAAACCUAUGGUGGUGGUUUAAGAAGUAUAAGACAACUAAAAACUUGAUUUUUGUGUUGUCAUAUGUUUGUUUGUUUUGUUUUGUUUUUUUUUUUUUUGGUUUAGUGAUCAUAAAAAAUGGAAGGGUUGAAGGUGUUUGUUUUUUAUUUUAUAUAUACUUAUAUACAAGUAAGUUGCUUUUUUGGUGUGUAUGUAGAAUGUAUUAAGCUAUUAUAAAAGUGUGUUUUUUCCAAGAAUGGUUUUGGUUUU